CGCACGCGUUCCUCCGCGAGCUCCGCGCCUGCCGUGCGUGCCGUGCGUGCUAUGCGUGAGCGUGCGCGGGCGCGUCGGCCGGCGAGGGAGCAGCAAACGGCCGGCGGCGGGCGCCGCGCGGGGGGCGGGCGACGCGGAGGCGGCGGUGGCCAUGGCCGAGGCGUCGCCGCAGCCCGGACGGUACUUCUGCCACUGCUGCUCGGUGGAGAUCGUGCCUCGCCUGCCGGAUUACAUCUGUCCAAGGUGCGAGUCUGGCUUCAUCGAGGAGCUUCCAGAAGAGACCAGGAACACAGAAAAUGGCUCUGCGCCCUCCACAGCCCCCACCGACCAGAACCGGCAGCCAUUUGAGAGUGUGGACCAGCACCUGUUCACACUGCCGCAAGGGUACAGCCAGUUUGCUUUCGGCAUCUUCGAUGAUAGCUUUGAGAUUCCCACGUUCCCUCCUGGGGCACAAGCCGAUGAUGGCAGGGACCCUGAGAGCCGACGGGAGAGAGAACACCAGUCUCGGCAUCGGUAUGGGGCCCGGCAGCCCCGUGCUCGCCUUACCGCCCGGCGAGCCACUGGCCGGCAUGAAGGUGUCCCCACACUGGAAGGGAUCAUCCAGCAGCUCGUGAAUGGUAUCAUCUCCCCGGCCGCUGUACCCAGCCUGGGCCUUGGUCCCUGGGGCGUCCUGCACUCGAACCCAAUGGACUACGCCUGGGGGGCCAACGGCCUGGACGCCAUCAUCACACAGCUUCUCAAUCAGUUUGAGAACACGGGCCCCCCACCUGCAGACAAGGAGAAGAUUCAAGCCCUCCCCACAGUCCCCGUCACAGAGGAACACGUGGGCUCCGGGCUGGAGUGCCCUGUGUGUAAAGAUGACUACGCACUGGGGGAGAGCGUGCGCCAGUUACCCUGUAACCACCUGUUCCACGACAGCUGCAUCGUGCCCUGGCUAGAGCAGCAUGACAGCUGCCCGGUCUGCCGUAAGAGCCUCACCGGACAGAACACGGCCACCAAUCCCCCAGGCCUGACCGGAGUGGGCUUCUCCUCAUCCUCGUCCUCAUCCUCGUCCAGCUCGCCCAGCAACGAGAACGCCACAAGCAACUCCUGAGUCCCACCUGGCCACCCGCCCUCCGGGGCUCGGUCGUCCCACCCGCCCCAGGUGCCUCAGCACCGCCAUGGCCGUGGACUAGAGGUGCUGCCCCGUGGUGGCCAGCAGCACCUGGCGGGCCCCAGGCUGCGACAGGCUCGGACUUGGCCAUGGCCGCCCGCCCCUGUUUGGAGGCACGUACGUACGUGGGCCCAGUCCCAGCAGGCGUCCUCAGCCGUCUCUAACCUCACCCUCCAAAUGUUCAACUGCGGCAGAAGGGUUUUUAUGAUUUUAAAUUAUUACUGCUUUGAAAUAAAUGGACGUUUGAGCCACGUGCGGCCAUGCAUGAUGUGUGGAGAGUCAGCAGAACUGUCGCCAGGCCCAGCCUACCACAUGCCCUGAGAGGCCAGGCCCAGCACCCAGCCAGCGCCGGCCUCGGGACCAUGAGGGUGACCAGCAGACCCAGGAACAAACUGCUCCAGCAGACUUUUUUUUUUUUAAAGGGAAAUGUGUGUUAUCUGGAAAGCUAUUUAAAAUACACCUACUCAAAAAGCAGAG